GCUGAGGAGCUUCCACUGUUCGCCACAUACCGUUAAAUUGGCAUGCGUCCUACGCUUUGGUCCUGGAGCAGGAGGCUGCACCGCUUUUCAAAAUGUUACCGCUUUCCCACCGGAGUGAGCUCGGGCCGCAGAGCCGGGUCGCGCUGUUCCACAUCCUGUGCCUCAUUCCAGGUGUGUGGGGCAGUCAGGUGGUGGUGCCUCAGAGGGUGAGCGCCGUGCUGGGGAAGAACAUGACGUUAGAGUGCCGGGUGGAGGUCGGCACAAACCUCACGCUCACUCAGAGCUCCUGGGAGCGCCGGCUGCCCACGGGCUCCGUCACGGUGGCCGUCUACAACCCGGAGCUGGGCACCUCCAUCCCCCCGGAAUACGUCCAGCGCCUGCAUUUCCGCGCCCCCUCCUCUCACGACGCCACCAUCAUUCUGGAGAACGUGGGCUUCGCCGACGUCGGCCUCUAUACCUGCAAGGUGGCGACGUUUCCUUUGGGAAACACUCAAGCCUCGACCACGGUCAACGUGCUCGUGGAGCCCAAGGUGUACGUGUCGGCCGGCUCCACGGCCCUGAUCGAUGGCGGCAAUGAAACGGUGGUGGCCACCUGCAUCGCCGAGCGAGCCCGGCCUCCGGCGGAGGUGUCCUGGGAGUCCAACCUCUUCGGCCAGUCGGAAGUGCAGCUGUUCGACGAGGCCAACGGCACGACCAGCACGCAGGUCCGCUACAUCUGGCAGCCCACGCGCCACGUCCAGGGCCACGCGCUGACCUGUGUGGUCCGACACCCGGCCCUGCAGAACGACUUCAGGAUCCCGUACAGGCUCAAUGUGCAAUUUGCUCCCGAUAUCACCGUGGUGGGGUACGACGGCGACUGGUACGUGGGCCGGGAAAACGUACAAAUGACGUGCAAAGCCAACGCAAACCCCCCGGCUCAUCACUUCAGAUGGAUCAGGCUGGACAGCGAAAUGCCGGAGGGGGUGGAAAUCAUAAACAGCACUCUGCUCUUCCUGCGGCCCCUCCAGCGGAAUGACUCGGGAGUUUACAGGUGCGAGGUCGCCAACGACAUCAACCUCCGCAGCCGAGACGUGCGCAUCCUCAUACAAGAUCCUCCCACCAUGCCUUCCACCAUUACCGCUCCUGUCCUUCCUGGCUCUUCCUCCUCCACCUUUGUUGACGAGAAGGGCCUUGUCCUUCUGAGCUCCCCCACCCUCGAAGCCCUACCCGAAAGUAAUCUGGGUUCCAUUGUGGGCGGGGCCGUGGGCGGGGCCCUGUUCCUGCUGCUGCUGCUGUCUCUGGUUGGCGUGUGCUACCUGCGGAAGCAGCAGACGUUCCACGGGAACUACUACACCAAGCAGUACCUGGGCCCCAACGACCUGCAGAAGGCGCCCGCGCAGCACGAGCUCCACCCCACCAAGGCGGGCUCCAGCUCCCACCGCCGCGACCACGACCGAGAGGAGUGGGGCGACCGUCAGCUCAAGCAGGAGCGCGACCGCCGUAACCAUAGCGACUAUAACGGGGAGGAGUACCCCGUCAACGGGUACACGAGAGCGAUGAGGGAGAGCGGCCGCCACCAGCAGAACCACCACCACCACGAACACGCACAGUAUUCCAGUCCGCAGCAGGCCAGACGCGCCCGGUACCCUCACUCGCCCCGGCCCCGGGCAAACAGCACCCCCUACAUGGCGGACGACUGCUACGAUAGCGGGCCCGAGGGCGACUACGUGUCCCACACCGACGGCUCGGUCAUCUCGCGUAGGGAGUGGUAUGUUUGACCAGCUACCCGGGUCUGCAGCGGCAGAACGACAGAAGGAAUCGGAAGGUCGUGUUUAUUAAAUUAGGAAGAAACACUUUUUUUUUCUGUCUGUACACACACACACACACACACACACACACUACUUCUAAUCUAUGCUGUAGAUCUCUUGUAUUGUUCAAGCGUCCUGGUAGACACUUGAGUUCCGGACUUUCUGGCGUGGACAGACUUGGAACUGUACAGUGGGACGGUUAACACCU